UUCAAGUUCACCUCCAAAAAGAGUUAGUACAAUAUGGUGAAGCAUAAAACUGAUGAAAUUAUUCUGAUCUUAACAUUUCUUUUACUGGUCUCAAACUUAUGUUGGUUGAUGAGUCCAAAGAGAGUGAAGGAAUGUGAAAAUACGAGCAAAAAAAAUGUACAAAUAUUUUUAUUAGCAGGGCAAAGCAACAUGGCUGGACGUGGUGGAGUUACUAAAGAAGUUUCAACAGAAGGAACUAUUACCAAAGUUUGGAAUGGUUUUGUGCCUAAAGAAUGCAAACCAAACCAAAAAAUUUUACGAUUUAAUGCUGCUUUAAAAUGGGAAGAAGCACAUGAGCCUAUGAAUUAUGGGAUUGAUUGCUUAGCAAGUUGUGGACUUGGCCCUGGUAUGGCUUUCGCUAAUGAGAUCCUUAAAAAAGAUUCAGAAUUUGGUGUCAUAGGUUUAGUACCUUGUGCUAGAGGAGGGACUCCUCUGUCUAAAUGGCAACGUGGGUCUUUACCUUAUGAUGAUUUGGUUAAAAGAGCCAAAUCUGCUGAGAAAGAUGGAGGAACAAUUAGGGGGUUAUUGUGGUAUCAUGGGGAGAGUGAUGUAAAGGGUGGAAAUGGAUCAAAAGUAUAUAAAACCAACUUGGAGAAAUUCAUUCAUGACUUGCGCACUGAUUUGAAUUCUCCUAACCUCCCCAUUUUGCAGGUUAUCCUUCCAUAUCCAAAGGAGCCAUUUAAAGGGCCAUAUAUAGAAGAAGUGAGAGCAGCUCAGUUGGCGAUCAAUGUCCCAAAUGUGGUCAAAAUAGAUGCUAAGGGACUAGAACUGGGUCCAGAUGGUAUUCAUCUCACUACCCCAGCACAAGUUCAACUUGGUCAUAUGUUUGCUCAUGCUUUUCUUAGCCUAAAAUAUUUCUCUAGUUUCUUCAAGUUUUUCCCUUCUAAUAUAUUCUCUUAGAUCAGCUUGUUGUAUCUUUUGAAUAACUAGGUCUUAAAAAUGAAGUU